CCGUCGUCUUCUCGACUUCAAUACUACUCCACCUCGCGUCCAUGCCGAUCAUGGCGUACUUCACCGAGCCAUUUCCGUGGCUGCCUCGUAUACAGCCUUCGGCUGGCACGUCACCCAGCGCCAACGAGACUUUGGCUACGUUUGAGGAGCGCACCCUUGCCGACUACACGACGCGGUAUACGUUGGGUGUGCACUUGACCCGCUCCGACUACUUUUACGACGCGGUGCAAGACGUUGACGUUCUCUGUGGUCCGCUGCAGUUUUUAAGCGAGGCAUCGUUUACCUAUGUCGAUCUGCCUGGCGCGAUUUUCUACUCGAAACGAGCGCGGCUGUGGAUGCGCGCCGCCAGCCUCGGCAACCGAAACGCCUCUACCACCGCACUCGUCCAGUCUGGUACGCUCUUCGGGAUCUCAUUUUCACAUGCUGCCAUCUGGAUUGAUCCACACAACAACGUGUUCUUUGCCGCGCAUCUGAGCCGCGGCUCGACGACAUGGCUCUACGUCAAGUUGGUUAUUCGCUUUUCUAUGGCGCUUCGUAUUCUGUACCUUCUCUGGACGACGUACUUCGUCCAUUAUCGAUCCUUGGUACAUCAGUUGCAGCGCUAUGGCACAUGUGGCGAGAGCGAGCGGCUGGAGAUCAUUGUUGGCGACCCGACGUGUCUCAUUCUCCAAAACACGUGGAUCUGCAUCUAUUUUGUGAUUGAUUUCUGGUGCAGUCUUGAGAUCGUGGGCCGAAGCGUGUUGCAACUGAGUCAGUCACUCGACUCUUGGACGGUGGUCUGUGCGACCUUGUAUCUCUCGCGAACUGUCUGGUUUGGAUACCUCGUGCUCAAUCUGAGCGGCUAUGUCUUGCGUCGAUGUGGGCUUGAAUUCCAUUGUGCCCAAGCCGACCCAACCGGCGUUGCAAUUGGCGUAACACUGGUCGUUGGGCCGCUGACGUACUACCAGCUUCGGCAGUCGUUCUUUAUCGACCUCUACCAUGCCCUUUUUACCUUGGUGUUGCCGACUAGUGACUCGUUCAAUGCCAUCGAGGGUGCGCUGCCAGCGAGCGUCUACAGCCUCCUUCUCGGCGCGCUCCCAUUGACCUACAGCUUUAUCUUUCCCGCUCUUGAACGCGCGCUGCGCCGAAGUCGCCGCCGCGUGUGGGUGCAAAGCACACUUUCGCGGCUGAAAUCGUCGAGGCGGCACCUUUCGCGCGUAAUUACGCGGUCGACAUCGAUGCUCCGCGCGGUGGAUGGCGGUGCGUUUGCUCGUUUGAGCUACAACGACUGGAAGCACCGAUUGCUUCUGAGCCUUGUCUUUGGCGGCUGCUGGAGACGCAAGAAAGAGCGCCUUCCGAAGAUCUUCAAAGGCGGAUCGAUCUACAAGCUCUUUACGACCCACCGGCAUCUCCAGCGCAACGCGGCGUUCAGUUUUCGCGGCAGCGACUGCUACGUGCUCUCGCACACAUCCAACGGUGUCAUCUCCCACCGCCUUAGCUUGAGCGACGCAAUGUAUCUCAAGCACCGUACGGACGUCGUUCUCGGUCUCUGUCCUGGUGCAGCGUUCGGACGACUGGUUCAAGAAGCGAAUGGCACGAUUGGCGUCCACUUUGGUGAAGGGCGCUCUCGCUGGAUUCUUUAA